AUGUUAUCUUUAAAUAAGGAAUUAAUAAAAAAAUGUAAUAAAAAUCUAAUUUUUUCAUCUCUAUUUAAUAAUAUUUGUUACUCUGGUAAUAGAUUUUAUUCAAAUAGAGAAGGUCAAGAAGUUAUAAUUCGAAAAUCAAAUAAUUUUGGAAAUACUAAUAAUAAUAAUAAUAAUAAUAAUAAUAAUAAUAAUAAUAAUAAUAAUAAUAAUAAUAAUAAUAAUAAUAAUAAUAAUAAUAAUAAUAAUAAUAAUAAUAAUAAUAAUAAUAAUAAUAAUAAUAAUAAUAAUAAUUUUUAUAAUAUUUUUAAUAAUAAUAAUAAUAAUAAUAAUAAUAAUAAUAAUAAUAAUAAUAAUAAUAAUAAUAAUAAUAAUAAUAAUAAUAAUAAUAAUAAUAAAAAUAAUAAUAAAAAUAAAAAUAAUAAUAAUAAUAAUAAUUAUAAUAAUAAUAAUAAUAAUAAUAAUAAUAAUAAUAAUAAUAAUAAUAAUAAUAACAAUAAUAAUAAUAAUAAUAAUAAUAAUAGAAUAAAUAAUAUUAAUAAUAAUAUUAAUAAUAAUAAUAAUAAUAAUAGAAUAAAUGAAGAUAAUAAAAAUAAUAAUAAUAAUAAUAAUAAUAAUAAUAAUAAUAAUAAUAAUAAAAUAACUAGCAAUAUUGAUUUUUUAGAAAAGAAUAAUACAUUAAAAGCUGUACCUAAAUUUUUUUCUGAAACAGUAGCUGCAACAACAACAACACCAAUAACAACAAGAACAAGAACAACAACAGCUACAACAGAAACAAAAGAAAUAACAGAAACAACGCCAAUACCGGAAGAUUUUUCAUAUUUUCAUAAAGAUAUUCAAAAAGUUUUAAAAGAAAUUAAAAUAGAAAGACCAACAUUAAUUCAACAUAAAUCAAUACAAAAUAUACAAAGUGGUGUUGAUACAUUUGUUGUAGAUGAAACUGGUACUGGUAAAAGUUUUGGUAUAAUGUUGGAAAUCAUUAAUAGAUAUUAUAUUAAUACAAUACUUGGAAAUAUAGAAAAAAGUAAUACUACUACCACCACCACCACCACCACCACAACAACUCCAACUCCAACUUCAAUUAAACCAAAAUAUAUUAUUAUUUCACCAUCUAGAGAAUUAUCAUGGCAAUUUGGAUAUUGGUGUAGAAAUUUAUUAGAGAAAUUAUUAAAUAAUUUAAAUAAUAAUAAUAGUAAUAAUAAUAAAUAUCUAGGUAAAAUUCAACUAUUAGUUCAUAAUGGAUUAUCAGAAGAUUUGAUGAUGAAGCAAUUAUUAAGUUCAGAUGUUGAUAUUUUAAUUGGUACAUCAAAUUUAUUACAUCCAUUUAUAGUUAAUGGAUUUGUUGAUAUACAUGAUUUAAACUUAUUAUAUAUUGAUGAAGCAGAUCAUAUUUUCCAAGCAUUAAAACCUGAUGAUCUUCAUAAAGUUAAAAAGAAUAGAAAAGCUCAUCCAUUACCAUCAGAGUUAUUAUUUAAUGAAAUUAAAAGAAGAGUUAGAGAAGAGAAUCAUAUUGAACAAGAAUCUUAUAAUGAUUUAAUUUUAUAUACAAUUAAAAAUAAUGAAUUAUUGAAUAAUAAUAAAAAUAAUAAUUCUAAAUCAAAUAAAAAUAUUGAAGAACAAAAACCAAAAUUAAAAAAGAAAUAUUUACAAACAGUUAGACCUUUUCAAACUGUAUUCUCAUCAGCAACAAUCGGUUAUAGAACUAAAAAAUUAAUUAAAGAUAAAGAUUGGAUAAAUAGAAAUGGAGUAUUUGUUUCAUGUUUAGUUGAAAGUAAAGAAAGAGCUAUUAGUGUAAAAAAUGAAAAUGAAAAAGAUAAAUCUAAAAAAGAAGAAGGAGAAGAAGGAGAAGAAGAAGAGGAAGAAGAAGAAAAAGAAAAUGAUCAAAAAAUUGUCGAUCAAUUAUCAAUUGUUAAAAGAUUAACUCAUUAUUUUGUUAGUGUAGAUAGUGAAACUCAAUUAUUAAAUGGUAUAAUUGAUGUUUGGAAAAAUUUAAAACCAAAAAUUGCAAUUGGUAUUGUAGCAAAUGAUAGUAAUGUAACUAAAAUUUGUGGAGAGUUACGUAGAAGAAAUUUAAAUUCUAAACCAUUAUCAGCAAUUAUGAAUUUAAAAAGUUUCAAUUCGCUUCAUUUAAAAGAUGAAAAUGCUACUCAAGAAGCUAAAGAUUUAAAAAUAGAAAUUGAAAACCAAAUUAAAAUGAGUGAAAUUGAAACAAGUAAAUCCAUUCAAGAAAGAACUAAAAUUAGAAAUAGAGAAAAGAAAGAACAAAAAAAACAUAAAACAGCCGACAACAACAACAACGACAACAAUGAUGAUUAUGAUCUUGAUAUUCCAGCAAAUAAACAAUGGAAAUUAAAUUCAUUUGAUCCAGAUUCAAUACUUUAUUUAGCAAAAGAAGAAGCAAUUAGAGGUAUUGAUAUUGAAAAUGUAUCAUUCGUCUUCAUAUUAAAUAUUGAUGUAAAACCAAUUCCCUACCUUCAUAUGAUCGGUAGAACUGCCAGAAUGGGUAAAAUAGGAAAUGUAGUUUGUAUUUAUAAUUCUUCAAACUCUAUAAAAUAUUUAAAAACAAUGAAUCAAUUAAAUAUACCAUUUGAUGAAGAAGAUUUAUAUUAA